AUGAUGUCGAUUGUUAGUCUUAAUUUGGUUUGUUUGUUGGACUCGAUUCAUGUGAUAAUGAGUGAAGACAUGGAUGACUGGAACCCCAUGAGUGACGCCUUCAAUAGCGUCUGGUAUAACAGUUACAGUAGUGGACAGACAGGCGCUAACCUACCCGUCCACUUGUUGCCUCCCUUUGGUGGUCAGUUGUCACGGCCUAAGACUCGUGAGAACGUCAAGCUAUACAUCGAUGGCUUUCCUGAAGAUGUAACUGAAGGUUAUCUCCAACGCAUCGGUUGUAAGCCAUCGACGGUUAAGAGAGUGAAGAGUCGUUUGGGACGAUAUUAUAGUUUUGUAGACUUUAAUAGUUAUAAGGAGGCGCUGAACGCCAUUCAAUUGAUUAGAAGUCAAUCACUAUUUUCGCUUUCGGUGGGAUUCGCGACGACUGAAGCGGACAAACAACAGAAGGAUUUCUAUAUUGAUAAAGAAAAGGAGUAUCUGUUGCGAAGACAUUUGCAAAUGAAGCCCAAACUAGACAUCGGUGACUGUGCGGCCAUUAAUGCCAAUAAUCGCCACUCGAGUCACUCUAACGGUCAUCGCAUUGAGUCCGACAAUGAAAGUCAUGAGUCCUCGCAUUUGGAGGUAUUGUCUCCUUUGGCUAAAAGUGAUAAACUGUUGAAAGUAUUGAACACUUCUGGAGACGAGUGUUCGUUCUGUAAUGGAAACGAUACCAUAGAGCACCUGCACUUCAUUCUUGAUGAGCAGCAGGUGAUUGAUCCCAAACAACUCCCGGCACUCAUUGCAGCGAACACUGAGUGCCAGAAGUGCGGUCAGAAGAGUGCAAACAUAAAGUUGUGCUCUCAAUGCAAGACUACUUAUUAUUGUGGCCUCAAAUGCCAGUCAAGUGAUUGGAUUAAUCACAAAAAGAUCUGCAAUGCGGACGCUGUGGACAACACUCCGAGAGUGGUUUCGUCGACAAACGCGUCGCUGCCGUCCGUCCCGACCAGAGAGAGGACUCGAAGCCCUCCGCCCACCAAUCACUCGGUGUCUAAACUCAAGAGCCCUAUAAAGGAGGCCAACAAUUGUGAUGAUUCUCUUAUGAUAGUCGAGGGCUCACCGAAAGUCACUUUCAAUAAGUCUUCGGUGAGUGAUGUGACCGAUGGGCUGUCGAAGCGAUUGAAUUUUGAUGAGUCAUCCAAUGGAGAGAUGAAGUCAUUCCUCGAAUACAAGCACAACAACACUGACAUAGAUCUGGUCAUCAAUGAUGCCGUCAUUGGCGACAAUGAGCGCCAUUUGGCUACAAUCUUUGACCCCAGUAUUGGACGCAUUAUUCACUCCCUGCCAGAAGACUAUAUCAAUGAACUGCCGGUUGUGCCCAAAGCCGAGGAUUUAAUAGUUGCCAAAUAUCCUGACGGCCAGUACUUCCGGGCGUAUGUCCUCGAAGUGCAUUCAAAGAGCGCUAAAGUUUUCCUAAUCGAUGACUCAAUUAUCUCUGACGUGGACUUCUCACGCAUUUAUCAGAUCAAAGCCAAAUACCUGAAGGCGCCCUCAUUUGGUGUCAUUCUGGUGCCCGACUCCAGAGAAGCCUCAGAAUUGCUCAGAAAGACGGCUAAAUUGGAUAAGUCUAUCCUUAGGGGCGCUUAUGUCAAACGGGACGACAAGUUCUUUGCCCAAUGCGACGACCAUUUGUAUGAAGUGUUGCCUUUCAAUGCGUUCAUUGAUUCCAUCAAACAGUCACUCAAUGAGCCCAUCAAAGCCACCACUCAGUCCAACACUGAGUCCACUCAACCAAACAAUAAGUCAAUCGAUUAUUUCGCUCAACUGUCCGUCCGUUCGGUGAAGAUUAAUAAAACUGUUGAAGCGAUGGCUUUAUUCAAAGAGGUAUCGGAUCCCAAAGUGUUCUUCAUCGCCGCCGAAGGUGAAGACUUCGAGAAUAUGAUGUCAUUGUGUGCUUCACUGGGAUCUAAGUUCGACGACAGGACUCGCGUGACUCCAGUGGUGGGCGAAGUGUAUUUGGCGCGUGCCAUCGCCGACAACGAGACGUAUCGCGCGGUUGUCCUCGAAGUGACCGGAAACCAGUGCAGAGUCCAGUACAUCGACUUCGGCAACGAAGAAGUCAUUGACUCGAGUUCUCUCAUGCAAUUGACACCCGAAAUGAGUGUCUCUUCUGUGGCACCCAUUGCCAUCAAAUGCAGAGUCGAUUCCACGAAACUAAGUGCUGAUAAUUUGGAGAAGAAGUUGGAUCAGGCCAUCGAUGGCUCGUUUCUCAUCAAAAUAAAGAUCCUUUCCAUCGAGAACUCUGUCCACUCAGUCGAAGUUUACUAAGCGUUCAUUUCAUGCAAACAUUUUUCACUACAUAUCAGAUUUCGUUUAUUUUUUAAAUACUUGUUUUUUUAUUUUCAACUAAUUAUCAAUCACUCAAUAAUUAUAAUACCAAUAGUUAGUCC